ACGGGAUAUACGGGGCAGCCCGAGCCCGGGCGGAGUUGGGGGUUGCGGACUUGCGGAGUUUGCGGAAGCCCCGCCCAAGAGAGAAAGUCCCCGAUUCGGUCUGAGAGACGAGCAGUAACCAUUGACGAUUGACUAAAGAAAACAGUGCUAAUGCUUACGGCUUACACCAGACAAAGUCCGCACAGAGGAUGCAUCAAGGGUUCCUCUUACUCCAUUCUCUUGAUUAUAUUUCACUCUGGUAGGCCUAUUCCUUCUCCGACGUCAAGUCCGUCGACAUUCUUGGGAUCCUUUUUCCGCCUCUCCUCUUCUACCAUUCUCACUCUCACUCGCCUCUACUCUCAUCCAUCCACUCACUCAUUCUAUCUCACUUAUACAUAUAUCAUGGACUCACUCGGGUCGCUGGCUGCGCGCAAGAUGGACCGUUCAGCUGCUUCGAGACAGAAGAGCUGCAACGCCUGCGUGAGAGGGAAGCGCAAGUGCGACAAGAAGACUCCCCGCUGUACUCGCUGUGCGGCAAAGGGCCUCGACUGUGUAUAUCAGAGAUUGCCGCCAGGGGCCAACUUUCACGACGACGAUCUGUGUGCCGGUCUUGGCGCUGCUGAUAAUCUGAACGAAGUCCCUGAUUUUGAUAUGGGUUUUGAUAUCAACAACUUGGGAGCAGACUCGAGUGCCAGCGCCAGCGCCAGCACCAGCAACACCACGCCCGAUAGCCUCGACAGAGUCACCACAUCGUCGAUAGAGCUCGAUUCUCCCCUUGACUUCUCCAUCAUCGACCAUCUCAUGGCCAACGAUACAUCUCUCGGUUCCGAGCUAUGGAACAUGGGAGACUAUGGCAACAACAAGCUCAGUAUACCACCCGUGCCAGCAGGGCCUGUCGUCAUCCGCGAUGUGGCUGUUCUAGAUAGAGCAGAUGCCUGCCUGGCCGACUUCAACCCGCUGGACGUGUACGACCCUCGUACCCGCGUGGGAUACACUGUAGAGAUUAUCACCAACCUCUACCGGGACUUCGCUCGGACUCGCCGGCUGCCCUUCAUCCACCCCCGUCUCUACGGCUCCAACCUCCCAAAGACCAUGCUAGCAGCCUUCUCAGCGGCGUCAGCCUAUUCAGCGCGAACUCCCGAGAACAAAGGUUGGGUGUACAAGCUCAUCACUGACAUGGCCAAGGAGAUCCAUCGCGAGGGUGAGCGGGCCUCGACGCCGGCGGAGAAGCUGGCGCGGGUGCAAGCGCUGGUUGUUCUGGACUCUAUCCGUAUGUUCGAUGGUGACGUUACUCUGAGGGCGACGAGCGAGCGCGAGCUGUCGCAGUUUAUGGCGUGGAUGUUUGCUCUCAAGGAGGUGGAAGAGGAGUUGUCAGUGGGGGAUGAACCUGGUGCUACAACGAUGAAAGGUCCACCUCCACCAAGCUGGGAGAGUUGGCUGCUCGCCGAGAGUAUACGCCGAACCACCGUCAUGUCAUUUGCUUUUGUGUGCAUGACAAGCAUACUCAAGUCCCUUGAGCCACCCUGCGGUAUCAUGGAGGGUCCAACCUUUCAGUUCACUGCAUCGAGAUACCUCUGGGAAGCCGAUUCAUCAAUGGCCUUCUACCGUGCGUGGCAGACCAAACCACAAUACCCGGUGCGGAACCUCGACUUCAAGGGUGUCUGGUUGCAUGCUCAGCCUGAGGAUGUUGAUGAGUUCACGAAGCUAAUGCUUACUGCACAAAUGGGCCCAGAAGCUAUCGAUCAGUUCAUGAUGGGUGCUGCGUGUUGAUUCUGCGCAAGUAACGGAUGUCUCAUUUGUUUUGUAAUGGUAGUUAGGCGUCAGGGUGCUGGUAUUCACCAAGUUGUCCACGAUAUCACGGAUCAUGUUGGUUUACAAACAAAUUGUUGAGCUGGUAACUAUUCAGAAACACACAAGUGACAACCAAAUGCUACCGCAAUAAUGCUAUAUCGACAGGUGUUUGACGCUUAUUCAGACCUCAUCUUCGGUGAUCCUCCAGACCAGCCUCUCGCCACUGACUCCCUUAUUUCUCAGAAUAUCCAACGCCUUUUGGGCCCUCUCAACAGCCGAUGAACCUUCCACAACACGAUACUUAUUGGGGGUAAUGACGCCGUCUCUGAGUAGCUUUGGUACCAUCUCUGGUUGGGCCUUUUCUUUGAGAAACUCAUUCUAGUUUAUGUUAGUAUUUGGUCGCUUCAUGUGACUAAGAGUGACUUACGGAGAGGUAGAAAUGCGUUCGCACACCGCGAACUUCAACACCAUCGGCCCAUUGCCCGACCAACACCCUGGAGACGUCCAUCUCAUACUCAGGCUCUUCUUCAAGUGUGGCAUCUUUGAGAAUAACAGGGAGCAUAACGGCCACAGUGCUGCCGCGUUGAGCAAUCUUGGACAGAGGCUUUAGAGUGCCCUCUAGAGAACCAAUGCAGUCGAUGAUAUAAGGCAGUUUGGGCUCUGUUCUGUUACUGGUGUAGUGGAGAAUCUUAUCGACAACAUCUUGCUUUCGAUAGUCAAAAGUCUCGGUUGCGCCAAUGCUGCGAAGGUACUCAUGUUGUUUUUCACUUGCGACAGCGAUGAUGUUCUUGAAGCCCCAGUGCCUGAAGACCUGAACGGCAUAGAUGCCGACGCUGCUCGAGGCACCCCAGAUAAGGAUAGGGUCAUCAGCUUGCUUGGGCGUGUAACCUUCUGGGACAGGCCAUGGAAGCUCCAGCUUGAGAUCCGCAGUGGCAGUGUGAAAGACAGUCACGAGAUUCACGGAGACUGUCACCGCUUCUUGGUAAGAAAUGUUGUCUGGGAUUUUAGAAGCAAGAUAUGCAGGAAUUGUGAUGUACUCCUGGUGAUUUGCCUCCUUUCCACCAUGGAAAGCAAAGGAAACGACACGGUCUCCGACAUUCAGCCCCUUAAGGUCACCGCCAUCGCCAACAGCCACGACUUUUCCAGCGGCACCUCCACUGCCCAUUUGCUGCGGGUACUCGGAGAUGAGUAGACCGCCAUCGGCACGAUGAAGGUCGAGAGGAGUUGAAGAGGUCCAGGCAACACGAACUAGGACUUCACCAGGGGCGGGAGGAUACACAGGGACCGUCUGAAAGGCGAACGGGGUGCGUUUUGCAGGGAGGACUAUGGCUUGCUGAGUUGAGGGGAUAGAAGACAUGACGGGCUUGGUUCGGUGUAGGUGAUGAAUGGCUUGAUGAAGAGAUCGAUGUCACUCUGCAGACAUAGCAAUUCUA